AUGCAAGGCAUAUACCUAGACAGCAUUCAACCGAACCUGACUUGCCCAUCCGGGAACUGCACAUGGACCGACAUUCACACGCUUGGAGUCUGCUCGUCGUGCCAGAACAUCACGUCCAAACUAACCCGAAAUUGCACCAAUUCGCAGUUUGUCGAUUUCCUGGAGGAAGUCAGUCCCGAGAUAUCUCAGUGUGAUUUCAAAACGCCACACAACCAGACUCUCCUGACUGUAUUUGCCACGGUUCGCGGUGCAGAGGGAAUAUUCGGCACACAGUGGAAUGCCAGCGCUUUAUUUACUAAUGCGGAGGCGGAUGACGCUCCUGCGACUCUCAUCAGCUUUGAAGCAGUUCAGGCACUGGCAAUGCCCAAUUCAACCAGCGUGGAUGUUCUGAGAGAUCUACCUGUAGCGGGAUGGUCCUGUACGCUUAGCCUCUGUGCAAAGACGUAUCCAUUUAUCAAUGUCACGAAUGGUGUGACAAAUGUGACAGCGCCCGAAGAAGACAGCUUGUUGUUUGCAAAUACAAUCCCACCUUACUUAACUCUGUAUAGCAAUACCUCUAGUGCCGUGGGCAACUACUCAUUCCACGAGGUCGACUUCGAGAACCUCAAUAGCUACCUGUCAGUACUAUUCUCCACUGGGUUCUUCAGUGAAGGCAUCAACACAAUAAAUACGAAUGCCUUGGUGUAUCUCGACAACGCGCCCGAGGCACCACCAGUGGGCUCACGUCUAGGUCUUGAAGCAGACAUAGACGCGGCUAUGAACAGACUGGCCUCUAGCAUGACGGAGCCUAUCCGAUCGAGUCAGAACAGUACGGCAAAUCCUGGCCAGACGUUGGUAGAAAAGACAUUUAUUCACGUCAGCUGGGGUUGGUUGGCGCUGCCUAUUGCCCUCGCCGUGCUGUCGUUUGUUCUAGUCAUUGCAGCUAUUGCCAUUACGCGGCAGAGCGGAGUGGAAGUGUGGAAAAACGAAGUACUGCCCUUGCUCUUUGCACAACUGAGAGGCUUCGAGGCAGAGGAAGUCGAUAUCGGUGGCGCGAGUGGAAACCGGAUUCUGGAGGAGCGAGGGUUACGACUACGCGCAAACUUAGGUCGCCCAGAUGAGCUGGUAUUUGUCAAGGGUGAAUAG